AAGGGACAGGCACAGAUCUGGGUUCCUGAGUCAGGGAAAACCUGCCUAUCAGAGCUGCCACUGAUGAACUUAGAUUCUACAUUACCAACUUGUUUGCGCCAUGUCAGAGGUGGCAUCGGUGAGAGGAAUUGCUUCCGUUCUAUCUUCCCUGCAGAUCAGGCAAGUGGCCUUAACGGAGGCUAAGAUACCUUCUCACAUUUGGGCUGCCCAGCAGUGGAACUUGGAUCUGAGAUUAGUGCCAGGACACCUGUCUGUCGGUGUAGGGGUCCUGGUGCUAUUGAUUUUCCUCCCGAGCACGUUCUGUGACACAGGACCUGCACAUAAUUCUUCCUAUGAAACAGUCAUCCCCAAGAGACUGCCAGGUGGGGGAAGUGAGGACCCUGGGGGGAAGGUGUCCUACAUGCUGGUGCUGCAGGGCCAGGAGCAGCUGCUCCACCUGAAGGUAAAGAGAUACUACUCCGUGAACAGCUUCCCGGUCUACACUUACCGCAGCGGCAUCCUGGGGCAAGACACGCCUCUCCUCUCACAAGACUGCCACUAUGAAGGCUACAUGGAAGGGGUGCCAGGCUCCUUUGUCUCUGUCAACAUCUGUUCAGGCCUCAGGGGCGUCCUGAUUAAGGAGGAGACGUCCUACGGCAUUGAGCCCAUCCUCUCUUCCCAAAAGUUUGAACACGUCCUCUACACGGUGGCACAUCAGCCUCGGGUCUCCUGCAGUGUCACUCCCAAAGACAGCCCAGGGGACAUGAGCCAGCAACAAAGGAGCAGGAAGCCUGCUGACCUCCAGGCGCUGUCUGACUUGUGGUCACACACCAAGAAUGUGGAGAUGUUUGUCGUGGUCAACCACCAACGGUUCCAGAUGUGGGGCAGUAAUGUCAACGAGACGGUCCGGGCAAUAGUGGACAUCAUUGCUCUGGCCAACAGCUUCACUAGGGGAAUAAACACAGAGGUGGUACUGGUGGGCGUGGAAAUCUGGACAGAGGGGGACCAGAUAGAGGUCCCAGUGGACCUGCAGGCUACACUCAGGAAUUUCAACCGCUGGAGACAGGAGAAGCUCAUGGACCGGGGCAGGCACGAUGUCGCACAUCUGAUCGUUGGGCAUCAUCCAGGAGAGAAUGAGGGCCAGGCGUUUCUCAAUGGUGCCUGUUCAGGCGGGUUUGCGGCAGCGGUGGAGGCCUUCCAUCACGAAGACGUCCUCCUGUUCUCGGCCCUCGUGGCCCACGAGCUGGGACAUAACCUGGGUAUCCAGCAUGACCACCCGGCCUGCACCUGUGACUCUAAACACUUCUGCCUCAUGCAUGAGAAGAUCAGUAAGGACAGUGGCUUCAGCAGCUGCAGCUCUGACCACUUCCACCAUUUCCUCCAGGAUGGCAGAGGGGCCUGCCUGCUUGAUGAGCCUCGGCGCCAAAGCCGCAAGCGCAGAGCUGCCCGGUGUGGAAACAGUGUGGUGGAGCCUGGGGAGGAGUGUGACUGUGGUCCUGACUGUGAACAUCACCCAUGCUGUGAGCCAACGUGUACACUGAAGAGGGGUGCGCAGUGCAGUCAGGGGCUCUGUUGCUACAAAUGUAGUUUCAAGAAGAAAGGGGCCUUAUGUCGCCCUGUUGAGGAUGUGUGCGACCUUCCUGAGUACUGCAAUGGCAAUAGUCAAGAAUGCCCCGCAAACAGCUACAAGCAGGAUGGCACACGGUGUGAUAAGAUUUAUUACUGCUCUGGAGGUUGGUGUAGGAACCCAGAUAAACAAUGCACUAAGAUAUAUGGGUAUCCUGCAAGAUCCGCCCCUGAGGACUGUUACAUUUCAAUUAAUACCAAAGGGAACCGGUUUGGAAACUGUGGCCAUCCCAGUAUGGCUAACUUAGGAUAUGAAACAUGUUCCAACGAGGAUAUAUUUUGUGGGAAACUGGUAUGUACAAAUGUUAGGUACUUGCCGCAAGUCAAACCGCGACACACACUUCUCCAGGUUCCCCAUGGAGAUGACUGGUGCUGGAGCAUGGACGCCUAUAACAUUACUGAUGUCCCCGAUUAUGGAGAUGUGCAGGGUGGCACCUACUGUGCCCCAAACAAAGUCUGCAUGGAAUACAUCUGCACUGAUCACAUGGUGCUCCAGUACAACUGUGAACCACAGGAAAUGUGUCAUGGGAGAGGAGUGUGCAACAAUUUGAGGCACUGUCACUGUGAUGCUGGUUUUGCCCCUCCUGACUGCAGUAGCCUAGGAAAUGGGGGGAGUAUGGACAGCGGCCCUGUUGGUAAGCCAGCUGUUCAAAACUUGAGUUUGUUCCCAGGUACAGACCCUGCCAUGCCUAGGAUGGAGGAUGAUGAUGUAAACCUGAAAGUGGUGGUGCUUGUGGUCCCUAUAUUUCUUAUCCUUUUACUGUGCUGCCUAAUGCUGAUCGCCUACCUCUGGUCUGAAGUACAAGAAUCAGAGGAGUCCUCAGAAGAGGAGGAGUCCUCAGAAGCUAAACCAGCAGAAGGAGCAGCUGCAGAGGGAGCUCCACCCCCAUGA